UGUUAUAAGUCAAAAUGGCAACGGGUCGUCGGGCAGCACUGACAACUGAAAGCAGUGCACCCUCUCAAAACGAUCCAGGCAGAGAAUUAUUUGAAGCAUGCAGAAACGGAGACUUAGGAAAAGUUAAAAAACUAAUCACCCCACAAAAUGUCAAUGCCAAGGAUACUGCAGGCAGAAAAUCCACCCCACUUCAUUUUGCUGCUGGAUUUGGUCGCAAAGACGUAGUUGAACACUUACUAGAAUGUGGGGCAAAUGUUCAUGCUGGAGAUGAUGGUGGACUUAUACCUCUUCACAAUGCUUGUUCUUUUGGGCAUGCAGAGGUGGUAACACUUCUCCUACGACAAGGUUGUGACCCCAAUGCUAAAGACAACUGGAACUAUACACCUCUUCAUGAGGCUGCAAGUAAAGGAAAAAUAGAUGUUUGCAUAGCGUUGCUUCAAUUUGGAGCUGAUCCCAACAUAAGAAAUACAGAUGGCAAGACUGCCCUUGACCUAUCAGACCCUACUGCUAAAGCUGUUCUUACAGGAGAGUAUAAGAAAGAUGAGCUAUUAGAAGCAGCCCGAAGUGGUAAUGAAGAACAAAUGGUGGCAUUGAUAACACCUCUAAAUGUCAACUGUCACGCAAGUGAUGGAAGAAAGUCCACACCAUUGCACCUUGCAGCAGGUUACAACAGAACACGAAUUGUGCAUCUACUACUCCAGAACGGUGCAGAUGUGCAUGCUAAAGACAAAGGGGGCUUAGUUCCACUGCACAAUGCCUGUUCAUAUGGACACUUUGAAGUGACAGAAAUGCUUUUGAAGGCUGGUGCAAGUGUAAAUGCAGUAGACCUUUGGCAGUUUACACCUCUCCAUGAAGCAGCAUCCAAAUCAAGGGUGGAAGUUUGUUCACUUUUGCUUGCACAUGGUGCUGAUCCUACUUUAGUGAACUGUCAUAGUAAAAGUAUACUGGAUGUUGCACCAAGUAGAGAGUUACAAGAGAGACUGCAGUUUGAAUACAAAGGCCAUGCUCUUUUAGAGGGUUCCAGGCAAGCUGAUUUGACAAGAGUAAAGAAGUAUUUGUCUUUAGAAGUUGUGAACUUCAAACACCCUUUUUCUGGUGACACUGCCUUGCAUUGUGCUGCUGCAUCAAUAUAUCCUAAAAGAAAGCAAGUGGUUGAAUUGUUAAUUCGCAAAGGAGCAAAUCUGAAUGAUAAAAACAAAGACUAUUUGACUCCUCUACACAUUGCUGCUGACAAAGCUCACUAUGAUGUUAUGGAUGUUCUUCUAAAGCAUGGUGCAAAGGUUAAUGCAUUGGAUGGUCUGGGUCAAACAGCCUUGCACAGAGUUGCCCAGCAGGGUAACAUGCAGGCAUGCCGUCUGUUGAUGUCUUUUGCUAUUGAUCCCAGUAUUGUUUCUCUGCAAGGGUAUACUGCUGCUCAGUUAGCAACAGAGAACAUUCAGAAACUGUUAAGAGAGGAUCCACCGGUUGGAGGAACAGAUAUAGACAUUCAACUUCUUGAAGCUGCUAAAGCUGGAGAUUUAGAACUAGUGAAGAAACUUGUUGCCACCAACCUUCAUGCCGUAAAUUGUAGAGAUGUUGAUGGAAGACACUCAACACCUUUACAUUUUGCAGCUGGCUAUAAUAGGGUUGCUGUGGUGGAGUAUUUAUUAGAACAUGGUGCUGAUGUACAUGCAAAAGAUAAAGGUGGAUUGGUGCCAUUACACAAUGCUUGCUCUUAUGGUCAUUAUGAAGUUACAGAACUUCUUAUUAAGCAUGGGGCUUGUGUCAAUGUAGCUGAUCUGUGGAAGUUUACACCCCUACAUGAGGCAGCAUCUAAAGGAAAAUUUGAAAUAUGUAAAAUAUUACUAAAGCAUGGUGCUGAUCCUAAUAAAAAGAAUAGAGAUGGACACACACCAUUGGAUCUAGUCAAAGAAGGAGAUCAAGAUGUUGCUGAUCUUCUUAGAGGUGAUGCUGCCCUAUUGGAAGCUGCGAAAAAGGGAAAUUUAGCCAGGGUGCAGAAACUAGCCACAGAAGAAAAUAUAAACUGUAGAGAUACUCAGGGAAGGAACUCAACUCCUUUACAUCUUGCAGCUGGAUACAACAAUGUUGAGGUUGCAGAGUUUCUUUUAGAAAAUGGAGCUGAUGUCAAUGCCCAAGACAAAGGGGGCCUCAUUCCAUUACACAAUGCUUCUUCAUAUGGGCAUGUGGAUAUAGCAGCAUUGUUAAUUAAAUACAAUACAUAUGUGAAUGCUCAAGACCGCUGGGGAUUUACACCUCUGCAUGAAGCUGCUCAGAAAGGAAGAACACAGCUCUGUGCACUCUUGUUGGCACAUGGUGCAGAUCCUACAGUAAAAAACCAAGAAGGGCAGACACCACUUGAUUUGACAACUGCUGAUGAUGUCCGUGCAUUAUUGCAAGAUGCCAUGCCUCCUCUUACUAUGCCUCCUUCAUUACCUAAAGCUCAGGCUUCAAAUUUAACCAGUUCAAGUAGUUCUUCAUCCAAUAGUCUGUUGAAUAGCAGUGGCAGCAGUUCAGAUUUGAUUCAAGGAGCUGUAGGGGGGACAUCUUCACAAGUAGGAGAUGGUUGUGUAGACAGGUCAUUAGCUGAAGGAGAGAGAAGCAUUGAGGGGAUAAGUGUUUCAUCAUUCUUGUCAUCCAUUGGGUUGGAGCAGUUGAGAGAUAUUUUUGAGAAAGAACAAAUUACUAUGGACAUUCUUGUGGAGAUGGGGCAUGAUGAACUAAAAGAAAUUGGAAUCAAUGCUUAUGGCCAUAGGCAUAAAAUUCUUAAAGGCAUGGAGAAACUUAUAGCUUCUAAAGGUGUUCAAAAUGUAGUUGGAGCUCCUACUCAAGGGACCAUUCUUAUUGAUCUCAUGCCAGAUGAUCCUGAAUUUAUUUCGGUUAAAGAUCAGAUGAUCUCUACUCUUCGUGACCACAAAGACAAUGUGGGUGGUGUAUUUAACAGCUAUAAUAUACUAAAGAUUCAAAAAAUUCGCAAUAAACGACUCCUUGAGCGCUAUUGCCAUCGCAGAAAAGAAGUUGGAGAAGAGAAUCAUGGGCAGCCAAAUGAAAGACACCUGUUUCAUGGAUCUCCUUUUAUCAAUGCCAUUGUACACAAAGGAUUUGAUGAGAGGCAUGCAUACAUAGGAGGAAUGUUUGGAGCAGGUAUAUAUUUUGCUGAGAACUCUUCCAAAAGCAACCAGUAUGUGUAUGGUAUAGGUGGUGGAACUGGGUGUCCUGUUCACAAAGACAGAUCUUGUUAUAUUUGUCAGAGACAACUACUUCUGUGUCGUGUGACAUUGGGAAAGUCUUUUCUCCAAUUUUCGGCUAUGAAAAUGGCUCAUGCCCCACCUGGUCAUCAUUCAGUGAUAGGGCGGCCUAGUACAGGUGGAUUAAACUAUGCAGAAUAUGUAGUUUACAGAGGAGAACAGGCCUAUCCAGAAUACCUGGUUACUUUUCAAAUAACCAAAACAGACACAACAGAUCUGACAAAACCUUAGUACUCUGGUCAUAACUUUAUUUUAGUUGCAGUCUUUCCAAUGUACAAUGUGUAAAAAUAAAUUGCUCAUGUUUUUGAUGAGAAAGCUUUUAAAAUGUUUUCCAGGUGUAACUCUGGAUAUUUAUCUUACAAUUCCCGUAAAAUAUGGUUCCUUUUUAAGGUAGUGCUUGUCAGUUAUUUGUGCAGUUUAGAAGUUACGCUUGAAAGCAAUGUCAUUUUAUGUUGUGUAAAUAAUCACAGUAAAAUCUGCAAUGAUCAAAAGGGGGAUUUUUUUCUUGUGUGUGUGAGUUUAAAAUGAAAGCAAUCUGAAAUAAAUUUUUGUGUUUGUGUGACAUUAAAUAUUUUAGCUGGUCUAUGUACUAUUUCUACAGCAUGGCUAAAAUUUCUAAAAAUCUUUUGGUGGUAAACACUUAGAGGUUUUUUACUACUUGAUAUUUAUGUGUAAAAAUGUCGAGCAUUUGACACACAAAAACUCAUUCUGAUCUCAUAUUUUCCUUGGUAAAAAUACCAGUGCCUAAUUUUUUUUUAACUCUGUUACCAUAUACAACAUUAAGAUUGUAUGAUUAGCUGUGUAUGAGUCUGCUGCUAUUUUCUUUCAGUCAGGGGGCUUUUCUAUUUUCCCAAUAGCGGUGGUGAGUAAUCUUUUUAAAUUGUUUUCAUGGCACUGCCUUGACACAUUUUUUUUUCCUUUUUUACCUUAACAUGAGUGUACAUGGUUAAUAAAGAUUUUUCUAAAAUUAUUUUAUUUGUGAAGAUAUUUUUAAUUAGUCAAUGGUAUAAUCUAUAUUUAAGGUUUAUGUCUAAGCAAAAAUAUUUUAAUACACAGAGAGGUAUCUUACAUUUUUCAUAAAAUAUUUUUCAGGUUAUUGUAAAAGGUUCCUACAUACAUAAGUGUAUUAAGAAGCAAUGUUUUAUCUUUAAAAGGUUUAUGGCUGCUAGCCAGUAAAAAUCCAUAUGCACUUUAUGUUGCUUUAUUGUUUAUCAAGAAACAACACAUAAGAUUAAUUGUCAAUAAACUGUUGUUUAGUUUGUAAUAGCUUAUGGACUGGUGAAUUGAUGGAGCUGUGAUAUUGUGCAGUGUUGAAAAACUAGUCAGGUACUAUUUAAAAAAAAUUCUCAGUUGUCUUCAGCAUGUUGUAUUAGAAGCCCUCACAAGAUUAGUUUACUAGAAGUAAAAUGUUUGUCACAACUUACUAGACAUAUAACACUGUUAGGAAAGGCAGGUUACAUUUGAUUACAUGCUAGUCUGGAUCUAGUUGUAACAAUUUAUUUGGCAUAUUAAUUUCACUGUAUACAGCUCUUUGGUCUUAUUUAUUUGUAUGUUAACAGAUAUGUUACAGUUCAAAUAAUGUGACACAGGCAUUGAAGUUGGCUUGAAUGCUUAUGACAAAACAUUUUAAUUUAUCAUUGUAAUUGUAAAAUACAUCUGAUUAUUUUGA